AUGAAAAGCAUUUACUUUGUGGCCGGAUUGUUUGUAAUGCUGGUACAAGGCAGCUGGCAACGUUCCCUUCAAGACACAGAGGAGAAAUCCAGAUCAUUCCCAGCUCCUCAGACAGACCCGCUCAAUGAUCCAGAUCAGAUGAUUGAGGACAAACGCCAUUCUCAGGGCACAUUCACCAGUGACUACAGCAAGUAUCUGGAUUCCAGGCGUGCGCAGGAUUUCGUGCAGUGGUUGAUGAACACCAAGAGGAACAAGAAUAACAUUGCCAAACGUCAUGAUGAAUUUGAGAGACAUGCUGAAGGGACCUUUACCAGUGAUGUAAGUUCUUAUUUGGAAGGCCAAGCUGCCAAGGAAUUCAUUGCUUGGCUGGUGAAAGGCCGGGGAAGGCGAGAUUUCCCAGAAGAAGUCACCAUUGUUGAAGAAUUACGCCGCAGACACGCCGACGGCUCUUUCUCCGAUGAGAUGAACACAGUUCUUGACAAUCUUGCCACCCGGGACUUUAUAAACUGGCUGCUUCAGACCAAAAUUACUGAGAGGUGA